UCCUUGGCUGCUCGGCUUCCAGGCGGCGGAGCCCGCCGAGCCCAGGUCUUCCACUUCCGCCGGCCGCUGCGAGGAGCGGAGCCCGAAGAAGUCGGCGGCCGCCCCGCAGCCGCGCGUCCGCCUCCCGCCCUCGCCUUCCCUCGGAUUCGAGCCGGCCGUCCCAGGCUCCGCUCUGCCGAGCCCGCAGCCCACGCCGCGGCCGACAUGAGCUUCUUGUUUGGUAGUCGCUCUUCAAAAACUUUUAAACCAAAGAAGAAUAUCCCAGAGGGUUCUCACCAGUAUGAGCUCUUAAAACAUGCAGAAGCCACACUUGGCAGUGGCAACCUGCGGAUGGCCGUCAUGCUUCCUGAGGGAGAGGAUCUGAACGAGUGGGUUGCAGUUAACACUGUGGAUUUUUUCAAUCAAAUCAAUAUGCUUUAUGGAACCAUCACAGACUUCUGUACAGAGGAGAGUUGUCCGGUGAUGUCAGCUGGACCAAAAUAUGAAUAUCAUUGGGCAGAUGGAACAAACAUAAAAAAGCCUAUCAAGUGCUCUGCACCAAAGUAUAUUGAUUACCUGAUGACCUGGGUUCAGGACCAGCUAGAUGAUGAAACGUUAUUCCCAUCAAAAAUUGGUGUUCCAUUCCCGAAGAAUUUCAUGUCCGUGGCAAAAACAAUUCUCAAACGACUCUUUAGAGUUUAUGCUCACAUUUAUCACCAACAUUUUGACCCUGUGAUCCAGCUUCAGGAGGAAGCACAUCUCAAUACAUCUUUCAAGCACUUUAUUUUUUUUGUUCAGGAGUUCAACCUUAUUGACAGAAGAGAACUUGCACCACUCCAAGAACUGAUUGAAAAACUCACCUCAAAGGACAGAUAAAAGGAUGCAAGCCGUUAAUUCUUCCUCCAGUGGAGCUAUGAGGGGUUUAUUUGGGCUUUGUUAUAUUUUGUUUUUAUCUGGAUUGUUUGUGUUUUAGGUUUGGGGGCUUGCUUGGGUUCCCUUUUCUCUUCUGAAUAUAUAAAAUUAUAUUUUGUUGCUAGAGGAAGCCAAGAACCAUUCUCUACGCUUGAAAGGGGUAAAUUUUAUCUUAGUGGUGUACAGUAUUUUUUUUUUUUUUUAUAUUUUAUUUUUAUUAACCUGGUUUUGGUUACUUGAGGACUUUUUAUGAUAUUGUACUCUGGACACAAAUACUAACUGAUUGAAAUGCCGAUGGGUUGGAUUCUGUGUUGUGUAAAUUGUGGCCCACUUUGAAGUCCCUAAAACAGACUUAUGUGUUUUUAAGUGCCUUGAUAGGCUCACUUCUGAAGUGCAAAGCACAGAUAUAGGACUGAGCAGAGCUUGAAACAAUAUUAGAAUUUCUAUCUAGGGCACUUACUUGUGCAUGUUGUAAAGUAAUCUGUUAUAAAAGCCAUAGUUUACUCAAGUUGAUGAUGUCCCGCUUUUACUACAUUGAAAAAACAUAAUUUGUAAAGGUGUGCAUGUAGAACAUAUGUAAGACAACAACAAUUAUUUCUUAAUUAUUUUUGACAUAAUUUGUAAAGGUGUGCAUGUAGAACAUAAAUGUGAAACAACAAAAUUCUUAAUUAUUUUUGAUAUUGACUAAUAUAUUCUGUUCAACAGAUGUUUAAAGUUCUACAAGCAGGUCUUUUUCCAUCUCAAUAUCUGUGAUAUUGAAAUUUGAGGAUGUUGAAAUGUAAUAGCUAUUGCAUUUCAGCUUCUUUCUACAUGUUAAGUGCACUGUAAGUGUAAAACUUCAGGUUAUUUAUGGAAUUGCCAUCUUGAGAAAGGAUGCUGAACUGUGAGGUUUCCUAGCAGUUGCCAAAUGAGCCAUAAGUGCAGAAUCCCCUUGUACAUCAAAGAGGAAGGAAAAAUGAGAAUGGUUAUUGGCAGGCAUUAGUUUCUUUGGGAAAUCAAAAGAGAAAGGAUUAAGUAUGGGGAGUCAGAUUCUAGAAAGUCCCAUUUUAAAACCCUGGAAUAGAAUGGUGUUUAUUACUUAUAAACAGUCUUGAAGACUUCCUUUUAGAAGUCAGCUUCCAUGAGAAGUUAAAAAUAAAUACUUAGUUUUAGGUACAGACAUUCAACAUGGAAUUUAAUGACUAUUUGGGGGGAAAUUAAUCACUUUUUAGCAUUUCCAUUCAGUGAAUGGAGCUGAUAUUUGCCUGUCAUUUUAAAUGAUACACUACCUUGAUUAUUGGUGCAGUUUGAAGCAUCCUGACUUAUUUUUCCACUGUGAAAUCAAGUAAUAAAAAUACUAGCUCGGUAGUUAAUAACUUUUAAAUUUCAGUUGACAUGACAUUCUGUUGAAUUGUCAUCAUCAUUUACAAGAUCGGGAAUUUGGUUUUUAGAAUUAAUAUUGAGGUUUCCCCCAUCAGUUUUGUUCUUGAGAAAUACGCUUUUCAGACUCUGAGUUUUAAUUUUGUUAGUUUGGAUAAAUUGUUUCCUUCAAUUCUCAUUCUCUCUCUGUCUCUGUGUGUAUGUAUGUGUGUGUAGUUAGAGACACAUACCUUUCCUCUAGUAAAAUAGAAAUGUUUGCUGUGAAUUUGUAUGCAUAUACUUAGUGGAAAAGAGGCUAAAAUGAAGUAAAUUUGGUUUUGUCAUUAACAAGUGAAUGAUGAUAGAAUUGAAUGCCCUUGCAAUUAUGAUCACUAGGAACUGCCUUUUUCUCCAUUUCAUUUCUGUGAUGGCCAUUGCUCACCAAGUACCAAUAAUAAAAGGAACAAAAGAGCUUGGAAAAGGUAGAUAAUA